AUGCCCAAACGCCAACGACACUAUUCCAUCUUCUCGCCACCGUCGCUCGCGAUGUCAGAGCUCGUAAAGACGACGCUGGACCACGAUUCCACCGACAUGCUCAUCGAAAAGUGGCUCGAGCACCGUAGCAGUGCCCAUGACGCCUAUCAUGAAUGGUUCAGGGACAUCCGGGAGCGCCAACUUCACCACCGCGUCAGCUCGCAUACCAGGCAGAUAAUAGCCUGGAAUAAAGGAGAAUUUGUCCCGGAAAACAUCUUCUGCCGCACGGUCGACACAGGCAGGCUGAUUCCUCUCGAUAGGACAUGGACCACCCAUGUCUAUCAUCACCAUACCAUGUCUGAGCGGAAACUAUCCAUGCUUCCAGUCGUAUUCACCAUGCUUCCAGAACUCAUGCUAUUACGAGGAAUGCACGACACGGGCUGCGACGAAGUCUACAUUAUCGUAACGGACCUCAAGCGGCAGGAAAUGGACGAUGUCACCGAAUACUUCAAGCUCGUGUGUCGAUAUUGCUUUGGGUGUCCCUGUAAACCCAGUAUCGAGCGGAGGAUCCAGUAUGAACAUAUGCGGCUAAGCCAUACAUUACUGCGACAAAGAAGGACGCCUUGUUUUCCUCAAAUCGACCUCACACUGCGCGCCAUCCUCUACGAAAAACGGCCCCGGUUCCUCGUACUCUUCUCCCACCAAACGACUUCGUACUCCCAAAUCUUCUUCACUCAUCCAUCCUAUGUCCCCGACGAAGAGAUCUUCUACGACUACCCCACUGGCUGCCCAAACCCAUGCUGCACCGACGACUGCGAAAUGAUUCGAUUUCCCCGCCGAGGUCUCUCUACCGCGCCCGUCCUCCAAAUCAAACUCCAGACAAAGAACGGAAAACGUCGAGGAAUCAAAGUGAAAUCCAAAGAGAUGUGCAACUGGAUCGACUGUGAUGUCUGCUUCGGAGAGACUGUCAUUUCGUCGUCAUCGUCAGGGUCGGAUUCGAACUCGUCGUCUGGAGGAUCACAUUCGAGCUGCAGUGAUGGAUCGGAUGAUGGCACGUCGUCCGUUUCGACAACGAAAAAGGUCAACUUUGGGCAGGUUUGCAGCAAGUGCAAACUUGUCAAGUAUUGUUCACCAGAGCAUCAAAGGAUGGACUGGGAGGAACACAAGAGAGUGUGUGUUCGAAACUAG